AUGAAGCGUCUAACAAUCGGAGUGGAGCUGGCUGCUCAACCGAGUAUCCUGUUUUUGGACGAACCUACGAGCGGUCUGGACGCUCACUCGGCCAAGGUCAUCAUGGACGGUGUGCGUAAGGUGGCAGACAGCGGCCGUACGAUCGUGUGUACCAUUCAUCAGCCGUCAUCCGAUGUGUUCUUCUUGUUCGACCACUUGAUCUUGCUCAAGCGUGGCGGCGAGUCGGUGUUCGUGGGUGAGUUGGGCACGCGAUGCCAGAAGCUGGUCAAAUAUCUGGAAUCGGUUCCUACUGUCAAGCCGUGUCCACCCAAGCAGAACCCUGCUCCGUGGAUGCUUGAAGUGAUCGGUGCCGGUGUGAGCAACGAACGCGCCCGUGACUUGGACUUCGUGGACAUUUUCUCGAAAAGUGAGGAGAAACGCCACUUGGACGACAUGCUACAGCAGCCUGGUAUCACGACGACUUCACCGGAGUGGCCGGAGGUGACGUUCAUGAAGAAGCGCGCUUCCAAGGGCUCCACUCAAAUGUACUUUUUGAUGAAGCGAUUUCUCAACCUGUACUGGCGUAGUCCGGCGUUCAACCUGACCCGUUUCGGCAUCGUGUUUGGCGUUGCUAUCAUCUGCGGUCUGGCGUUCCUGAGUGUGGAUUACACGACGUACAGCGGUCUGGUCGGUGGUGUAGGUCUGGUGUUCAUGUCGACUUUGUUCAUGGCUAUGGCUGGCUUCAUGGGCACGUUACCAGUGUACUCGACGGACCGUUCAGCGUUCUACCGUGAGCACGCCGCCGAGACGUACAAUUCGCUGUGGUAUUUUGUCGCAACGACGGUGGUGGAGAUCCCGUACGUGUUCGGACAGUCACUGCUGUUCAUCGUCAUCUUUUACCCGAUGGUAGGUUUCGAGGGAUUCGCUACGGCCGUGCUGUACUGGGUGCACGUGUCGUUGUUCGUGCUGGGUCAAAUGUACUUCGCACAGCUGCUGAUCCACGCGUUCCCGAGUAUCGAGGUGGCUGCUGUAAUGGGCGCGUUGAUCAACUCAAUCUUCUUGCUGUUCGCCGGAUUCAACCCGCCGGCAUCGUCGAUCCCCGCGGGCUACAAGUGGCUGUACACGAUCGUACCGCAGAGAUUUUCAAUCUCGAUUCUAUCCGCGCUGGUCUUCUGUGAUUGCCCCGAGGAGCCGACAUGGAACGAGUCGUUAAGCGCGUACGAGAAUGUCGGCUCGAAUCUUGGCUGCCAGCCGUUGACGGGUACACCGAUCACGAUCUCUCAUACGACGGUCAAGGGCUACAUCGAGUCGACGUUCCGCUACAAUUACGAUGACCGUUGGGCGAAUUUCGGCUACGUGUUCGUGACGAUCGCCAUUUUCCGCAUCCUGUAG